CACCACCACCACCAUCAUUCUUUUCUAUUCUCCCCCCCUCCUCAUUAUCCCUGCUGAUCGUCUCUCCUUUUCCGCUUUCUACUCUUCCAUAUUUCACAUCACAUGCACUUUUCUCUCACCCUAGACUUCUAUUCAAUGUAAUCUUUUGUUUCGGUCCCUUUCUUUUUUCCUUAUAUUCCAUUCCCAUCAUCCAAGAUCCCCAUGAUUGAUUGAGGAUGUCUGAUUCCUCCGAUGCGCCGCUCCCUCAGACCUUGUCCAUCCGUCGGUCUGCUACUCUCCCCACCAAAUUGAACCCGCGUACACGUCGUCACUCAGAAUCUGUGAAACCAUCCGAGAACGAUCUCUUCUACCAUCCCUCCGCUAAAGUCGUCCAUUUCGCCCCUAGAGCCCUCGCGCCCAUUCCUUCGAGCACCGCGCCCGCGGACUUUGAUUACCCGGUUGAUACCGUGGAGACACUUCCCUGGAGAUCGCCUACCGAACGCACGGUCGCGCUCGCGCCUCUCCGUCUGGAAAAUGUUCACGGUUUGACUGUCUUCCUGAAAUGCGGCAAUGUCGUCCACGCCAUCCUCAAGAACUCACAAUGUUGGUGUGUUGAUGGCGAGUCAACAUUCGUCCUGCGCAUCCGACCUCUCACUUAUUAUCGCAUCGAACUGCCCAACGAGGUGGAGGACGACAAGACGCUGGUCACGGAAAUGAAGAACGUGUUGCCGAAGAUUCUCCGAUAUGAAGUCACGCCCUGUCCCUUCAAGAGGGGCUUCACCGUCGAAAUCCCCGAGGAGGCCAAGGCGCCCAGAAGGAAGAGGGCAUGGCGUCCCAAAGGGCGCAGAGAAAGCGCCCCCGUCUCUUCCAUAUACAAGCAAGACCGACUUCGGCCGAUGGAUGACUUGGCGACUGACUCGCCUAGCGCUGGCGAAGACACGGACGGAGAUGCGACGGACGAUAGUGGCUUUACGACCAGAGGCAGCAACAGCACCAUUUUAGAGACCAUCGCAGACGAUAAUGAGUCGUCUGAGCCGAUUCAGAUCGCAGGGCCAACUCAGCAUCCGGGCCAGUCCGUGGCCGAAACACAGCAGAACUUUCAGACCUUGCUGGCAAGGUUCGAAGAUAGUGCUGAAGAUCAGGUUGAUCCUGAACUAUCCUUUUCCUCCAGUGUGGAAUCAUUCCACUCGCUUGGCCCUUCUUUUACAGCUCUUCCGGAUUUGGACACCUGCUCUACACCUGCGUCAAGCGAGAAUGACGACCACUAUGACAAUGAAAGUGGUGAUGUUCACUCGUCCUCGGAAGACUCACAUCUUCCCAAGUCAAAGCGCUCUGGCAAUAGGGUCUCUGUAUACGUCGACUGUUGGGAUCACAUGUCGCCGGCAGACGAGUUGGCAAGAGACUUUUCCGAGCAGGAGGCCCAACCAAUUACCAUCACCCCUAACUCUCCUUCGCCCGCCGCAGAACCUGCCGGGCUUGCCUCCAGCACCGACUCUAAUUCUAAUCUCUCCAGCAUGAGCGCAGAGUUUCGCCGUCGCUCUAGGGCCUCCCGCCAGCGGGAGGUCUCUCCCAUGCCCCCACCAUCCACAUUGACGCUUGCCAAACCUGAGAAGCACGAUGCGGCUUCUUUGAUUCACAAGACCGCCUCACUCGUUUUAGUCCCUCCCAUUCAGCUCCUGGUCGUGCUCAUCCAUAUUGCUGCCCGGAUUGUUAUCGGGCCUGCUCUGAACUCGACUAUGGGUGAGCUGAAGCGCAAUAUCGAGGACCAAUUGGCUGAAGGUCAGGAUAUUGUGGAUGAUUUCGACCUUCCUCUUCCUGAUUGCUUUAGAAGGUCCGAAGAGUCUACCGACAAAGACUCGUGAAAUGUGGGCGGAGACAACGGCCUCGCUGGCUCAGCAUACUAUCUUUUCCCCGUUCAACAUACCACUCUUUGGCAUAUUUCCUUCACUCCCAUUCGUCCGUCAUGAUAUUCUUGCUUCAUUCCCACACACGCCUUCAUUCUGUGAUGAUCUCUCUACAUGAAUUUCCGUUAUCAAGUCCCAUGCAUGGUCCGGGACACAUUUGAUUUGUGGGGGGGCCAAUCUGCGGGCCAAUCUGCAUUGGAAAUGUACCCUAAUGUCUUUAUUGUAUUCUAGCGUGUACCAUCAAUUAUACUUAAUUUGUGAGACGUUGACAUCUAAAA